GUUCUGGUGGCCAGGUAUACGAGAGGAGAUCGUUUUCCACAGUGUGCUAAAGUUCACCUAGCGAGGCGGUACAAAAGGAGGAGAAAGAAAAUCUGAAGACGACAACAGCUGAGUGGAGAUGUUGACGGGCCGGCGUGAUCACACACACGAGGUGAAGAAGAGGCAAGUUUGUCCUAAGACCCGAGUAUCUAAACCCGCGAUGGCCGUGAGGAAAGCAGAAGUCCGUCGGCGCAUCAUCUCCAAAGACGGCCACAACAAGGUGCGCAUCAUCAACGUGGAGGGCAUGGUCAAGCUGUACUUGCACGACAUCUGGACCACGGUGGUGGACAUGAAGUGGCGCUACAAGCUCACCCUCUUCGCCUCUACCUUCAUCAUGACGUGGUUUAUCUUCGGUGUGUUCUUCUACUUGAUAAGCAUGGGCAACGGCGACUUUGAGCCCAAUCUCAGCUCCAACCACACUCCCUGCCUGGAGAACGUCAAAACCUUCACCGGCGCCUUUCUCUUCUCGCUGGAGUCGCAGACCACCAUCGGCUACGGUUUUCGCUACAUCACCGAGGACUGCCCGCUGGCCAUCUUUACGCUGGUGGCCCAGCUGGUCAUCACCGGCCUGGCCGAGAUCUUCGUCACGGGAGCCUUUCUGGCCAAGUUGGCGCGACCCAAGAAGCGAGCCGAGACCAUCAAGUUCAGCCGCAAUGCGGUGGUGUGCCGCCGGCAAGGACAAUUCUGCCUCAUGAUUCAAGUGGCCAACAUGAGGAAGAGUCUGCUCAUCCAGUGUCAUCUCACCGGCAAGCUCCUCCGCGCCUACGUCACCCAAGAGGGCGAGAAGACACUAGUUCACCAAACUUCGGUGGACUUCUUGAUGGACUCCAGCAGCGAGUUCCCCUUCCUAAUCCUGCCGCUGACUUUCUACCACAUGCUGGACGAGCGCAGCCCACUAGCCGGGUUGACUGCGGAAAAUUUGCACAGCAGUGAAAUGGAGCUGCUGGUGACGCUCAACGCCACCAUGGAGUCCACAGCGGCGACUACUCAAAGCAGGACGUCCUACGUGCCCAACGAGAUCUUGUGGGGCUACGAGUUCAAGCCGGUGAUUUUCAGCUCGGCCGACGGGAGAUACGUGGCCGACUUCAACUUCUUUGAUAAAGUUCAGCUCAGCAAUGACGCCGCUUUCCCCAGGAACAUGGACAAACUCAAACUGGAGCAAGACGACAACAAAGACUAAUCGAGUCUGCAAUCGAGAACAUGUUACACUCCUGAUUGGUACUUCUGCUGCACAUGCCAAUGUCAUUUGUUAUUUUUGUGUGAGAGAAAGAAAAAAGAAAAGAAACGUAAUAUAUUUCUGAGUGAAAA